UUUCUCAACCACCAUAUUGAAUCUUCCAUACAAAUUAUUAAAGGGCAAAAUCGUUUUAACUCCUUCACGUGCUUACAUACCCAACACUCGUAAUCGCAACUCUUGCUACCUACCUCCUCCCUCUUCUCUUACAUUAUUACCAUCAAACAUUCAAACCUAACCCCAAACUCAAACCAUGUCUUCUUCCCACUGUCCAACACCGUUACCCUCCGUCACCAAACUUCAAGUAGACUCCGUUACUUUUCCACCCUCAGUCAUCUCACCGGCUUCCUCCAAUCCCCUCUUCCUCGGUGGCGCAGGUGUGCGAGGUUUGGAUAUCCACGGAAAAUUCGUGAUCUUCACGGUCAUCGGUGUUUACCUAGAUGCUGUCGCCGUCCCGUCACUUUCCGUUAAGUGGAAAGGCAAAACCACAGAGGAGCUAACAGAAUCCGUCCCUUUUUUCCGUGAAAUCGUCACGGGUUCGUUUGAGAAGUUUAUUAAGGUGACGAUGAAGCUACCGUUAACAGGACAGCAGUAUUCAGAGAAAGUAACGGAGAACUGUGUGGCGAUAUGGAAAUCGUUAGGUAUUUACACAGACUCUGAAGCUAAAGCUGUGAAGAAGUUUUUGGAGGUCUUCAAGGACCAAACGUUCCCUCCUGGUGCUUCGAUUCUCUUUGCUCUCUCCCCUAACGGCUCUCUCACGAUUGGGUUUUCGAAAGACGAUAGUAUUCCUAAAACCGGAAAAGCCGUAAUCGAGAAUAAAUUGUUGGCAGAGGCAGUUCUUGAAUCGAUCAUAGGAAAGAAGGGUGUAUCUCCUGGGGCUAGGUUGAGUCUUGCCGAGAGAUUAUCUCAGCUGAUGAAGGAGAACAAGGUCGAAAAAGAUGCAACAAAGACUGAUAAUCAAGAUGAAGCUAACGAUGUCUCCCUCGGAGAUAAGUUGGCCAAAGAGAACUGAUUGUGUGGGAGGUUUUUCUUGGUCGUCUUUGAGGGCUUUAUGUUUCUAUAUCUAAUCAUGUUGUUUAGUUCACAUCACAUGUUUUUAUUUGCUUCUACUCGUAAGAAUAAUUGAAUAAUCUCAUGAAACUGGAUCAAAUAAAUCAAAACUAUAUUAUCAAUUGA